GGUUCCGGUCAGUAGGAGGAAAGAGCACGCCGAAGAGAUCUCUGUUAUUGAAUGUUGCCAGUAUAUAAUUGUAACAUAUUCAGGUUGUGUGUAGGUGGCGCAGGGGAUAGAGCGUAGGAACCAGGAAGAUAGGAAUUCAAAUCCAGCUUUAGACACUAGUUAUGUGGCCCUAGCAAGCGCUUAACCCCAAUUGGCUGGCUGUUACUGUAGUGGAACCAAUACUCACUAUCGAAUCUAAAACCGAAGGAACUCUAUUUUGAGAACCUCUCAAAACGCAAAAAAAUCAUGGAGAAGAAUGGGAAUAAUCGAAAACUCCGAGUUUGUGUUGCUACAUGCAACAGAGCUGAUUAUUCAAAACUUGCCCCUAUCAUGUUUGGCAUUAAAGCAGAGCCUCAAUUCUUUGAACUUGAUGUGGUAGUACUGGGAUCUCACCUAAUCGAUGACUAUGGAAACACGUAUCGUAUGAUUGAACAAGAUGAUUUUGACAUUAAUACAAGAUUACACACCAUAGUUAGGGGUGAAGAUGAGGCAGCCAUGGUGGAAUCAGUAGGUCUUGCAUUAGUCAAGCUACCAGAUGUUCUUAAUCGUCUGAACCCUGACAUAAUGAUUGUUCAUGGUGAUAGAUUUGACGCAUUGGCUGUGGCUACAUCUGCUGCCUUGAUGAAUAUUCGUAUUCUUCAUAUUGAAGGUGGAGAAGUAAGUGGGACCAUAGAUGACUCUAUUAGACAUGCUAUAACCAAAUUGGCUCAUUAUCAUGUGUGCUGCACCAGAAAUGCAGAACAACAUCUGAUAUCUAUGUGUGAAGAUCAUGAUCGCAUCCUUUUGGCAGGCUGCCCCUCCUAUGAUAAACUCCUUUCAGCAAAGAAUAAAGACCACAUGAGUAUUAUUCGUAUGUGGUUAGGUGAUGAUGUAAAACCAAAAGAUUACAUAGUAGCACUACAGCAUCCUGUGACUACUGACAUUAAACAUUCUAUAAAAAUGUUUGAAUUAACAUUGGAUGCACUUAUCUCAUUUAACAAGAGGACGCUAAUUCUGUUUCCAAAUAUUGAUGCAGGAAGCAAAGAGAUGGUUCGAGUGAUGAGGAAGAAGGGUGUUGAGCAUCACCCCAAUUUCCGAGCAGUUAAACAUGUACCAUUUGACCAAUUCAUACAACUUGUAGCUCAUGCUGGUUGUAUAAUUGGCAAUAGCAGUUGUGGGGUGCGAGAAGUGGGAGCAUUUGGUACUCCUGUAAUCAAUCUAGGAACACGACAGAUUGGAAGAGAAACAGGUGAAAAUGUUCUUCAUGUUCGAGAUGCUGAUACUCAGGAUAAAAUACUGCAAGCUCUGCACCUCCAGUUUGGCAAACAGUAUCCUUGUUCAAAGAUAUAUGGGGAUGGGAAUGCUGUUCCAAGGAUUUUGAAGUUUCUCAAAUCUAUUGAUCUCCAAGAGCCACUACAAAAGAAGUUCUGCUUUCCCCCUGUGAAGGAAAACAUCUCUAAAGACAUUGAUCAUAUUCUUGAAACCCAAAGUGCCUUGGCUGUUGAUCUAGGUGGAACAAAUCUUCGAGUUGCAAUAGUCAGUAUGAAGGGUGAAAUAGUUAAGAAGUACACCCAAACCAAUCCCAAAACCUAUGAAGAAAGAAUUAAAUUAAUUCUACAGAUGUGUGUGGAGGCUGCUGCAGAAGCUAUCAAACUAAAUUGCAGAAUUUUGGGAGUGGGUAUUUCCACAGGUGGACGUGUAAAUCCUCGUGAAGGAAUUGUUCUACAUUCUACCAAACUUAUUCAAGAAUGGAGUUCUGUGGAUCUGAGGACCCCAAUCUCUGAUACACUGCAUCUCCCUGUCUGGGUAGACAAUGACGGCAACUGUGCUGCCUUAGCAGAAAGGAAGUUUGGUCAAGGAAAAGGACUGGAAAACUUUGUGACCCUUAUCACAGGCACAGGAAUCGGUGGUGGCAUCAUUCAUCAGCAUGAGUUGAUACAUGGCAGUUCCUUUUGUGCAGCUGAACUUGGACACCUCAUGGUGUCUUUGGACGGACCUGAUUGUUCAUGUGGGAGUCAUGGGUGCAUUGAGGCCUAUGCCUCUGGGAUGGCCUUGCAAAGAGAAGCUAAGAAACUACAUGAUGAAGACCUUCUCUUAGUGGAAGGAAUGUCAAUGAAAAAAGAAGAAACUGUCAGUGCUUUUCAUCUCAUUCAGGCAGCUAAGCUUGGCAACGCAAAAGCUGCUAGUAUCCUUAGAACAGCUGGGACAGCUCUGGGCCUCGGGGUCGUGAAUAUCCUUCACACAAUAAAUCCUUCCCUUGUGAUCCUCUCUGGAGUCCUAGCGAGUCAUUACGUUAACAUUGUCAAAGAUGUGAUCCGACAACAAGCCUUGUUUUCGGUUCAAACGGUGGAUGUCGUGGUUUCAGACUUGGUGGAUCCUGCCUUGCUUGGGGCUGCGAGUCUGGUGUUAGACUAUACUACGCGGCGAGUGCAGUGAUGGACACGGAGAUAGGUAGCUGAGGACAGUUCUUAAAAUGGACGAGUCGAUUGUUUCUUUUUGAAGUCAAAUGCAUCAUUUUAGCCACCAAUUAUUUUGGCAUAUAAAUAUGCACUUUGUUUCUUCGUUUAGCCUUCUAUUUCAUGUCUACAUUUGCUGUCCACCCAUCUACUGACAGAUGCUAGACCUCAGAAUACUCUAUUUAGAAACCAGUUACCUCUCUCUGUGCCAAAGAAAGCCGCAGAAUAGAUCUGGGCUAAUUUUGACAUCACAGUCCAUAAUAGGUCUUGUUUCUUUUUAGGAUCCAUAUCUUGAUAUUGUAGCGUAGACAAGUAGUAACCUGCUUCUUUCCAUCCCUCUCCAGGCCUGCUCUCCUCGUAUACUUUAGCAGAAUGAAAUCUUGCUUCUUAAGUCUUCAGCAAUUCGGCAUCAACAGAUCUCCUUUGGGAUCUACCUGAUCCGCCUGCUAAUAUUUUCUCAUUUUGUUUCCCAGUUAUAUGUGUUUAUUUCCUCUCCUUCACUCUUAAAUAGAAGGAAACCAAGAAAAAACAAGAACAAAUAAUGUUCUGUCAAGCAAAACCAAAUUCAUUUUGAUUAUUUUUCUUUUACUAAUUUUAAAAAUGACCAAUUAUCAAUGGCUUAUUCUUGUUAUAUUUUUUAAUGAAACGAAGUUGCAAGAGACAUGGCAAAUGUCCAUUUGUUUAAUUGGGACAAUUAAUUGGACAUGAAGAGCAUUAAUUCAGUAAAUUCUGAAGGGAAAACAGCUUCAGUCUUCCUAGCUCACAGUGGGCACAGCAGAAGGAGGUACUGCUCAGAACGCCUGAAAAGUAAGUCCUGAUUUGCCCCAAAUUUUGGACUGCUUUACCUCUUUCUGGGGAUGGGGAUUAUGUCCGACAAAUGGAAGUGAAGCCAUCAGACUCUAACUUUGUGAAAUCAUGAAUUUCAGUGGCUUACUGAAGCUACCACCUUCGGAACUGAAAGCUGAAGUGUAACAAGGCAGCAAAUGGAAUCAGACCCCAAUCCAUCUUUAUGGUGUUACUUGCAUUUCCAUGGCCCUUCGAACCCAGACCCAAAUCCGAGUAAGAAGCUCUCGCCUUGUGGCUCUAGAAGUUUUGCCAAACAUCUCCCACAUCCCCGUUGUUUAUAGAUUUCAAAACAAAACAAAACAAAGCAAAACGAGAUUGCUUACAUUGAGAUGCUGUAACAUCAACCCGGGGCUUCUCACUUUUGUAGCAGUUGGAUGAACACGGCUAUGUGACAUCCCUGUCAGACAGACAUGGCAGCCUGGAAAUGGUGGUCUGUUCUCAGCUGUCUGUACAAGAGGUGAGACGGGAACUAGACGGUCCCCAAAUCGAUCGCAAGGUUUAAAAUGCACCCGAUUGUCAUAGGGUAGAUUUGCCUUCCUAAUCAUGUUUUUAUUAGAUCCACAUUCCCUGAGUGUACACUGGCGAGGCCGGUGUGAGGACGUGUGGCCUGUGGCACUCCGCCACGUCAAAGGAAUCAGGACUACAGAUCAUUGAGGACGAACUUCCCCAAGUUAACCGUGCGAGCUGCCCAAGAACCACUUCGUUUUCUUUGUCCUUUACGGACUCACACACAGGCCCCGUGUCUGAGAAACUUCAGUCAGAGACUUGGGAUGGUUAUGUUCAAGAGAAACGCAAACCCUGCCUCCGCUUCUUUAUGAGGAGCCAAAAAUAAUGGAAUAAUAACCCCUGGGCCCAGAGCGGUAUCGGGAGUUGCCCUGCAACUUUGCUUUAAAUGGCUUCUCAUGCUGUGUAUUCCAAAGCCUCUGAAAGUAAGCAUAUGCCUCCAUAGCAAAAGAAGAUAGUAUUCUGGUCUUCUAAGGGAGAAAGGUAGAAACAUUUUCUUUCAGAAAAUUAAAUUAGGUUUGUGUUUAUAUAUUACCAUUAAAUUUAAUUAGCAGGUGCACGAAUCAGAGUUUGGAUUAGUUUAAUGCCUAAACUUGGCUGAUAGAGCAUUCAAUCAAUAGACAUCUACCAAGUGCCUUUGUGCAGAGAGCCUGGCACCAGGCACUAGGCGGAUACAAAGUUCACAUAAGUCAUAAGUAGUUCCAUAGGGGAGUAGACCAAACACAGCUAACUCUAAUGCAUAAUAAAAAGUGCAUUAAAGAAUUAUGAAACAAAGUGCAAUGGGUAUGUAGACUGAAACGGAAUGACAAAUUCAAGCAUGUGACGAAAGCUCAAUGAUGGUUUUUUCUUCAAAGCAGAACAUCUGGCUUGAAACAAACGAUUGACUUGAAGGGUAGAAACAUCACUGAUUCCUGAAUCCAGUAAUGUUUCCCUCUUGUGGAAGCCAGCCAGGCUUUAAAUGUAACACAUACACAAAACUAGGUGUUUGCAUUUAUCAGUUUUCUUUUUCGUAUGUGCAGACUUAUGCAAGCUUUUAUUGAAUUAUGUUUAUUUCAAGGUUAGAAAAACCUUAGUGUAUCUAAACUUAGCAGUUCUGUUUUCUGUACUAAAUGAAGAUAAUCUCUCAAACCUGUUCCUUUUUUGUAUUCAAUAUACUUGUUUAGACAAUGUUAGUUAAAUAAUACCUCAAGAAAUCAUUAGUUGUUUGUUGUUUUUGACAUUCCAUGGUGACUCCUGGGAAUGAAGACCCAGCACUGACACCAUUUGUGAAAAAAGUGAAAAAUCUAUACCUGCUGCAUACACCAAAUGAUUAAAUCUAAUUCAAUCAGUCAGGCACUUAUUAGGUGUUUGUUAUGUGCCAAAUACCAGUUUAAAAUAUAAGAAUCACUGAAUUCAAAAGUGAUCAAUUCUGAAUAAUGCUCAUUCAUAUAUGUACAUUAAUUCUGAUGAUUUUAAUUUAUUCUUAAAUUUCAUUAUUUAAAAUAUAUGUACAAUGCAUUUAAUUUAUUUUAAUAUAAUCCAAGUUCUAAAUAAAUAUCCUUUAUAUGUA